CCUAGUGAAGCUCAGUUCAAUUGCGACUGGCGAUCGCAGCGGAUGUGACAGGGCGGAAGAGAGUGCAUCAAAUUAUUUUUUUAAGCGUGCUUAAUGUGCUAAAUAAAUAGUUAAAGAAUUAAAGCCAAAUAAGAAUUUAAGUGAUAAAAAAGUGCUUAAGAAGUGUGUGAUAUUGCAAAAAAUAAACAUAAGAAUUGUUUUGUAAUUUUUUUACUUACAAGAAAUUGUAAUUUGAUAAAAAAAACCAAGAAUCUGCGGCAAUUGUGAACAAUUUUAAGCAAAGCUUGCCCCUUUUAAAAAUGUUGGAGUAAUCUUAAAUAUUAAAAACAAACUAAACUGAAAACCUUAAAGAAAGUUUUUAACCAAAAAUGCGGAUCCAUUUGGAUGCCCGCGAGAUUCGCGAACUUUUGAGAAAGGAUCUGAUAGUGCGAUGGCGCCAAAAGAUCCUCACCCUGAUCCUGCUGGGCUGGCCCAUGAUGAUCUUCAUGCUGCUCUACCUGAUCCGGCUGAAGUAUGGCUCGGAGCAGGUGCCGGCUUGCCAGUAUCCGACCAGACUCCUGCCCACCAAGAACCAGGUGGUGCCGGCGGCCUUCUCCUACAUCUGUAGUUUGGAGAACAAGUGCCAGCCCUCGGAGCCCUAUGAGGAGUAUUCCAAAUGGAAAGAGGCGCCUUUGCAUUCUGUGGUUGAGGUAAUCAACGCUUUUGUGACCGACGAGCGACUCCUCAAGGCCGUCGUGGAGCUCGCCGACAAGGGGAACUUUGUAUCGGCGAUCACCACGUUAAUUACCAGCGAUCGUCUUGACAUUAUAAGAAGCAAUAUAAGUGAAAUAAUCUCCCUAGUGCCGGAAAUCGAGCGACGAAUGAACUAUAGCUUUGAUAUAAAGCAGUUGUUUUCCAAUCGUGAAACCUUCGUGAAGUUGGGAGUACUCCUCUGUGGACAUCCUUUCCCUAACACGGACACUAUUCCGUUGGUGAACGAGAUCCUGGAGUCGGAGGACUUGAGUCAGAAUAAUGAUAAGGAACUUGAUUCAAUGCCAAACCUCCAGUCCUCAGAGCGCACUCGUCGAUCCCCAGAUUUAGACACAGACUGGAGGCCAACAAAUUACUGCAAGCGUUUGUAUAGAGAUGUCACAUCCACAAAUCAGGGAAAACUUACUUGGAAUACGAUAAAGCCCAUUAUUCAGGGAAGAAUACUUUACACGCCAGCCACUGCUCUCACAGAAAGUGUGGUUAAAUUCAGCAACUCUACCUUCGAGGAAAUAGAUCGAUUGAAGCAACUCUCCCGAGCAGCAGCCACUAUUCUGACCAAACUCCAUACCAACGCCACCUUCCAGGAGGCCUUCGACAAUCUCCUCAAACUGGCCCGAUCGCCCUUGGUGAAGAGCUUGGUGGGCGAUGACUUCGACAUUGGCCAGAUCGAGAGCAUCUUCCAGUACCUGAGGACCAAUCAGCUCAUCUACGACAUCCUCACCACGGUGGCGGACAUAAUGGACUGUGUCUCGGCGGACCGGUUCGAGGCUGUCGAGAGCGAGGAGGCCCUGAGGAAGAGGGCCUACGAACUCAACCAGAACAAGAUCUUCCUGGCUGCCCUGAAUCUGGAGGAUGUGGGCCUGAAGGAGGCCUCCUAUCGCCUGCACAUGGACACGGACAACACCCAGCCGACCUUCGAGAAUCGUAAUCGGUUUUGGUUCCCAGGACCGGCGGAUAGCAUGGUCCUGGAUCUGAAGUAUCAUCGUGGCUUUGUCCAACUGAAGCAGAUGAUCGACAUGGGCAUCAUAAAGCACAAACGAGACGAGGCGGGAAUCGUGCCGGAAGAGGAGGAGACUAGUAAGAAGACCACCAGUGGACCAGGACUCUUCAGCAUCAAGGCAGUGGAUGAUUCCAGCGAGGACAGCGAUGAGGACGAUGAUUUGGAUUUCAGCGUGGAGAAGGCCACACAAAAGCCAUUGCCCUUUGAAGUGGACGAGGAGGAAACCACUCUCAGUGGGGUUACCCAACAACCCGAUGUCGGAGCCACCAAUCCGCCAGAGAAAGAGGUCACUACAGAUCCCAACGAUGAACCCGAGCUGCUGCUUCUCAAAGGCGAAGAGGUCCUGAAACGGGAGAAGCGACAGGGCUUUCUUGAUUUCCUGGGCGGAUUGGGGGGCUCAGAGGCCAACAAGAAGCCCAAGUUCCAAGUGGACGACAUGCAGUUCUACACCAAACAGUUUCCAUAUCCCGCUUUCCUCAAUGAUGUUUUCAAACGUGGUCUGUACUUGUCCCAAGGUGUCCAAAUAGCCUUCCUAUUGGGUCUGGUGGUAGCCGUGGCCAUCUGUGUGAGGGAAAGGAUCUGGAUGCGAGAAAGCAGAAACAGCAUGUUAAUGCGAUCCAUGGGCCUGAAAGCCCAAUCCGAACUGAUGGCCUGGGCCUUGAUGAGUCUCAUGGAGCUCUGUGUGAUCUUCUGCCUCAUAAGCGCAGUCCUCUACAGUGGCGGUAUUCUGGCUUUCACCAACUGGUUCUUCAUGAUGUUCUACUGUAUGAGCUUCGGAGUGUGUCUCAUAUCCUUCUGCUACAUGUGCUCUAACUUCUUCAACUCGGCCAAUAUUGGUGCCGUGGCCAGUGCCCUGCUCUUCUUCAUCAGCCUGUGUCCUUUCAUCAUUGUCCUGAUGUUCGACGCCAAGCUGAGUGUCUUCGAGAGCUUCCUGGUGGACCUGUCCUUCACCACGGCCUUUGCCAAGGGCUGGAGUGAACUGAUGAGGAUGGAGCUGCAGCAGGAGGGACUCACGCCGGUCCACCUGUUCCGUCUGGGUCCUGCGAGGAGCGAGUGCGCCAUGGCCUUCCUCAUGUUCGUGCUGGACUUUCUGCUCUAUGCGGUCAUUGGCUUGGCCUACCAGCGUUACAAGAGAACCAACUACAGCUUCGUGAAGGUGACUCGCUCCCAGCUGGACGACAAGCUGGGCGCCUCCCUCUCGAAUGUCACCAAGCUGUACGGCAGCAAGUGCGCCGUUUCGAACCUGACGAUGGACUUUGCCCGGAACCAGGUCAGCUGCCUGCUGGGCCGGAAUGGAGCUGGGAAGAGUACGCUGAUCAAGCUGCUGACAGGACAGAUACGACAGGAUACGGGCAGGGUCCUCCUGGCCGGAGAGCAUCAGGUGGGAGUGUGCUGGCAGGACAACAUCCUGAUACCCACUCUCACGGCCAGAGAGCACCUGCAACUCUAUGCCCAGAUCAAGAUGCCCCGGGGGGAGAUUGGCAAGGACGAGAUCCGGGCCGAGGUGGCUAGUACCCUGCAGAGCCUUAACUUUGGGCAGCACGAGUCCUUUGCGGCCAGCCAGCUCUCGGGCGGCUAUCAGAGGCGACUCUGUGUGGCCAUCGCCUUCAUAGCCUCGCCGAACGUCGUUAUCCUGGACGAGCCGUGCAACGGCGUGGAUGCCAAGGCGCGCAAGGACAUCUGGCAGCUGAUCGAGCGUCUGAGGCAAGGACGUGCCGUGAUCUUCGCCACCCACUUCCUGGACGAGGCCAAGUACCUGAGUGACUUUUUGGUGAUAAUGAGGAAUGGUCGGAUUAUAGCCCAACAUAGUCGGGACUCCCUGCAACAGCUGAGCACCUCGAACUACAGCCUGAGGAUGCGCUGUUCGGAUGCCACGGGAGUGGCCCUGGUGGCCCAGAAAGCCCAGAAGCUCCUGCCACAAAGCCAGGUGCUUCAGUCCGGCGAUCAUCCCCAUAACCUCACGAUCAGUGCCAGCUACGCGGAGAAUCUCACUCCAAGUGCCGUGGAGUUUCUGGAGUUCCUACAGGAGCAGGAGUCCUCGGGUGGCAUUUCGGAACUGGAGCUGACCAGCAGCAACAGCCUGGAACAGGAGUUCGAGCAACUCAACCGAAACGGCGAGGAUCCGAGGCCGAGAAACGGGCCGACAGAGCCGAAUGGGGUGGUGACAGGACCUGCCAGCGUUACGGAUGAUCCUCCCACUGCCUGCGCCCAGUUCAAGCUCCUGAUGGGCAAGCGAUUCACGCAUCUGGCCCGGAACUAUCGACUCCUGCUGUACGUCCUGCUGCUGCCGGCCCUGUUCGAGCUCUGCGCCAUGUGGUUUGUGAGCUACAGGCUGGAGGACGAUUUCGACACGAUCCUGCCGCUGAACCGGGACCUGUAUCCCAAGAGUGCCGAGUUCCUGUCCCAGGAGGUGGCCACAAAGUUCACCGCGAAGCUGUAUCCGCAUCUGAAGGACUCGUGCGAGUCCUUCGGCGAGUGCCGGGAGUUCAAUGACUCGGAGAAGGCCUACGACUGGGUGCUGGACAGCCUCGACGAGUAUCGGGAGCGACGAUAUGGCGGCUAUAGCCUGAACGGCAGUGCCGCCACUGUCUGGUACAACAACAAGGGCUACCACGCGAUGCUCUCCUGGCUGAACGACCUGAACACGGAGCUGCUCCGCACCACCAUGAACGACACGGAGUACAGUGUCCUGACACUGAACGAGCCUUGGAAACUGGGCUUCUCUGAGCUCUCCACCACCUCCGUACUCCGGCAGGCCGGCGACUCCUGCAUGGUCUUCAUCCUUCUGAUUGCCUUCGGCCUGGUGGUGGCGGCAGGAUCGGUCUAUUUGGUCAACGAAAGGAUCAACGGCGAGAAGCUCCAGCAGAGGUUGUGCGGAGUGAGUGCCGUCACCUACUGGUCGGUGUCCUUCGUCUGGGACUACCUCGUCAUGGUCCUGGCACUCGUCGUCCUGCUGCUGGUGGUCUUCAUCUUUGGAAUGCCAGUGUUUGUGGCUCGCCAUCAGUUGGUGGGCAUUAUAGGACUCUCAUUGGCUUUCAGCUUUGCUUGCGUUCCUGCCGUCCAUGUGGCUGAGAAACUCUUCAGCGACUCCAGCAUCGCCAUCGUCACCAUUUUCUGCGCCAAUCUGAUCAUCCCCCUGGCCACCAUGGGCGUCAUCCUGAUCCUGGGCGUGGUCGGCGAGGGAGCUGCCUGGGAUCAAUGGCGCCACGCCCUCAACAACUUGUUCCUCCUGUUCCCCCAACACGCCCUCGGCGAUGGCCUCCUUGAGCUGUGCAAGAACUACAUGGUGGCCCUGGUCUUCCGCCGCUACGACAUCGACUCCUACAAGCAUCCCUUGGCCAGCGACCUGCUGGCGCGCCACUUUGCCGCCCUAUUCGUAGUGGGGGUGUGCGGCCUGAUCCUCAACGUCCUCAUCGAGUGGCAUCUGCUGGCCAAGCUCUGGCAGAAGGUGGAGCGCCUGCUGGACUGCCACUACCGCCGGGAACUGGACAAGCUGGGCCAGCUGAAGCUCGUCAAUAUCCAGAGCAUUUUCAAGAGCUGUGUGGCCGCCGGCGAGGCGGUCCGAGCCGAGAACCUGUGGCUGGCCUAUCGCCGUGGCAGGUAUGCUGUCCGGCAGGUGCACUUCAGUGUCCAGAGGGGCGAGUGCUUCGGGCUUCUGGGCAAGAAUGGGGCUGGCAAGUCCACCAUCUUCAAGCUCCUAACAGGACAGCUGCAGCCAAAUGUGGGGCAUAUCUACUUUGAACAGCCUGGUGUCUCGUACUGCCCCCAAAGUAAUCCCCUGGAUCCCCUGCUCACCGUCAGCGAGUGCGUCCGAUUCUACGGGAGAUUGCGCGGCAUCCGGCAGUUGGAGCAGUUCCUGGACCGAGUCCUGGACACCUACGAGCUGCGUCCCUACAAGGACAUCCAGGUGCGGAAUCUGAGCGGCGGCAACCGAAGGAAACUCACGGUGGCAGUGACCUGCUGCGGCUACACGCCCACGGUCCUGAUGGACGAGCCGACGAGCGACAUGGACCCGGUUACCAGGGACCUGGUCUACGCCACCAUCGAGCAGCUGCUCCUGGCCCGCAGGGCGGUGAUCCUCACCUCGCACUCCGUCUCCGAGAUCGAGCAUCUGUGCCAGCGAGUGGCGGUGCUCCGGGCCGGCCAGGUGAUAGCCAGCGACAGUCCCUCCCGCCUGAAGUCGGAGUACGGGGGCUACUAUGCCGUCAACUGCUUCUGCCCGCCGGCCCAGCAGGCUCUGCUGGUGCGGACGCUCCACCAGCGGCUGCCGGGCCUCAAGGACCUCCAGCACUACGCCCACAGCCUGAGAUUUUUGGUGAAAAUCCGUUCCCCCUCCCAUCCCGCCGACCAGUCCCCGCUGCUAUCCGAGCUGUUCGCCAUCCUGCGGGAUCUGUGCGUGGACGUGGCCAGGUUUUCGAUAAAUCGUUGCCGUUUCGAGACCGUCUUCGAACGAAUCCUGGACAGCUGCGAGAGCAACGGCCCAAAGCCGGAGGCCAAUGGCCUCAAUGGGGUCAACAAGAGCCCGCAGGACCUGCCGAGCAAGUCGGCGGCGGUGGCAGGAUCUCUGGAAUCGGGCUAUAUACACUGUGGCUAUGAAGAAACCACCACCUAGAGAUCGUAUCAGAAUUUAAUAUAUAUUUUUUUUUUAAUCAGACCUGUUACUGUUUCUUAAAAUGCCAAAAAGUUAAUGUGGAAAAUAGGAAAAUCAGGAACUAUAAGACAAUAAUCUUUUAAUCAAAAAUAAUAAUAAUAAUAUUAAUAAUAAUAUAUUUUUUUUAUGCAACUUUUACGAUAGGUAGAGCAAGUUUUUUUUUGUGAUAAGAUCGAUGGAGUUUCGAUCCAGUGAUAAGAUUUGAGCUUCACUUUAUUCCGGGUGUUCUGUUUAGCGAUUAGGAAGCCUAAAUGUUAAAUAUUAAAUAUUAAAAAUAAAAUAUAAACUGUAUCCUGUCCCCACCACCACCAAUCUCCUUAUAGCUUUAAUACACCAACUUAGGUAUAGAAUAUAAAUAAAAUAAAUGUAUAUUUGUACUUUAUAUGUCCUGGCUCUGGUCCUUAUAGGAUCUGGCCACAUUGUUUUUUAAAUGGCAAAAUGAUUAUGAAUAAAGUUAAAGAUAUUAAAUGUGA